AGACAGCGCCAAAAUGCUCCCCUCGCGAGCAAUUCAUAGAUGUCUACAGGAGCGAGUUCACGCCUCCACCGCAAUGCACUGAAAGGCUGCGUUGGGCUGCAUAUGGCGCUGUAGUUGCAGCUGCGGCUGCGGCCACGCAAAGAACUCUGGGACGCCGUUGAUGCCGCCGUCUUGCUUGACGUCUUGUUGUCCAACGUAGGAGUCGUCCGGUGCAGUCCGGUGGUUUGACCGCGGUUUGACCCAGGGCCGUGUAUGUUUGACCGUACGGUGGUACGGUGCUGUCUGAUGCUUGACUUGCCCGACGUCACUACAUCACCUUGAGUCCUUGACUUGACUUUGUUUACAUCGAUUUCCGUGCUUCGGGGCUGCGGGGCUUACUACGAGUUGUCGAUAGUCAUCCCAACAAAGAGUGCGGGUGGCAAGUCGUCCAGCAAGCGGCGGGUUCAACCAACGGAUCCUUUUGCAUGUCACUGUUCCUGUUGAGGCUCAGCCCGGCCCGGGUCUGGCGUUGCCGAGAUGUCCUGAGCGGACCACUUCGGCUGUCAGUGCGCGAGAAGCAGGUGCUAUCCGACCCCGAGAACCUUGGCGAACGUCAGCAGCACAUCAACUUCGAUACGCUCGGAACGUGGGACAACCGGAUCGACCUGCCGCUGCUCUUGCAACAGAGCAUCAAAGUCGGCAAGCCUGUGCCGAGGAUAUCGGGAGAGCAUGCCGGCAGCGCGACGCUGCUCGGCAGGCGAACAUACAACGAGGACAGAUACAGGGUCAAGGAACUUAUGCCAAACCUCCUGUACUUUGCGGUCUUCGAUGGGCACGGAGGCUCUGCCUGCGCAGAUUUCUGCGCGGAACACAUGGAGACUCACAUCUUGUACUGGCUGCAGAGGGGGCAGUCAGACCUGCAGGCACUGCUCCAGUCGGCAUUCAUUGACAUUAACAAUGCCUUCGCCAAAUUUGUGGCUUUCAAUUGGCCAGACGGGGAGGAAGCAUCCUCUGGAACGACGGCCACGGUCUGCCUCCUGAGGAGUAGCACGGAGCUGGUGGUGGCCCACGUGGGGGACAGCCGUGCCCUGCUGUGCCGCAGUGGGGAGGUGCGCAGGCUCACCACCGACCACCAGGCCGGCCUCAAGCUCGAGGAGGAGAGGAUCAAGAUGUCCGGUGGGAGGCUCAUCUCGGACAGCCACGGCCGGUCUCUGGUGAACGGGCGCCUGGCCAUGACCAGGAGCCUGGGCGACCUCGACCUCAAGCCUUACGGGGUGAUAGCCCUGCCAGACACGAGGUCCAUCGAGGUGAAACACGGCAAGGACGCCUUCGUGAUCCUGACGACGGAUGGCGUCAACUGCGCUAUGUCUGACCAGGAGAUAAUCGACGCCAUCAACAGCUGCAACUCUCCAGUGGAAGCGGCUGGCUUUGUGACGGACCAGGCGAUGCACUUCGGCUCCCAGGACAACGCCACCGCGGUCGUGAUGCCCUUCGGUGCCUGGGGAAAGUACAGGAACAGCGGCGGGGUAGCCUAUAGCUUCGGCAGGCAGCUGCAGUUCAGCCGCAGGUUCUAGCGCGGCCCGACUCCCGGGCACUAGAUCCGAGACAAUGGAUAGAGAGUUAACUCCCCGAAUCAUUUGCGGCAGACUUGUUUUAGACUUUGUGAUGUGGUGCCCUUAGUGUCCAACCUUGAAAUUUUUUUGGGUGAGGUCAAAAGACCUUCUCCUUAUUCUCUUUGCAUUGGUUAAGUGGAGAGGGAAGAUCUCUUCUUAGGAUUCUGAUAAAAAAAAUCCAAACAAGGUUUGGUGGUGUUCAGUUUGGUGUUUGUGGGUUUGAGGCACCAUAUGCAAGGAGUAUGGGCAAAGGUACAAUGGAAGGACUCUGUGUCAAAAAUGCAAGUUUGUGCUUGGGUUGGCCUCUGUGUUGGCCAUUGAGGGUGAACUUUGUUUUAGACAUUGAACUUAAAAUUGGGUUUGUGCAGAUAAAAUAUGGUUUCUGGAUUAUUGAGUGCCACAUCUCAUGGGAUGUGCAAAGGGGGUAUUCCUAUUGCUAUACUCCAUCUUGCAAGUUAUGAACAGUGUAAGCAAAGUUAGGAUGUAAGGGCGCAGCUCUACGGAAUGCUUUGUUUGUGCGAGCGCCCAUGCGUAGAGGAUGCUUUUGAAAGACACGUAUCACGCUCGCGCUUUUGCCACCGCUGUACAGACUUGCAAGAAAGGGUAUAGAAGGCGAGCAAAGUGCGACUGGAUCGACGUUGCUGAAUUUUAAAGGGGCAAGAACUAGGAUAUGACAAUCAAAAGCAAAAUCAAGUGUGGUCCUCUGCUGUUUUGUCUGUUUGUGUUUGUACCUUUUCUCCUUUUAUGAUUAGAAAAUGUACAUUGGUUUCUAAUAUGCCAUGUGUUUCCUAUUAUAAAUUUCCAUAUUUUAGAACUAUAAGCAUAUGAACUGAUUGCUUUCAUCUCUUGUUUACAGGAAAGAGGCACUGUAAUGCAGAUGGUAUUUGUGAAAAAAAAAAAAAAAAAAAAUGCAACAAGAAAAACACAGGGUUUGAAGUUUUUUACAUAAUGUUUGGCUUGUUAGCAAAGAGUGAAUGUACAUGCUUUCCCUCAAACAGUUACAUAGUAAUUGGACUUUCAUCUAAAAAUAAGCAAACAAGUAAAGCAAGAUUGUUGGUUUAAAAAGCCCCUCCAAAACAGAUGGCAUCAAACAUCUAAAAUUAAUUUGCGUUUUGAAUGACUGAUGCCAUAUGUUUUGUCAAAGGUGCUCAUGGAUUGUUUAGAGUCUCCAUAUUUGUUAAAAAUUUGUUGGGAGGCAUGGCAGAUAUUGUAGUAUAGCUCAGUGAUCUCAAACUACUAAUGUGGGUCAGGGGGACAGAUGUGGGGUCCAGAAAGGCUGGGGGCCAAGGUAAGCCCAGGAAAAGGUGGGGGGGUCAAUAUUUUAUAGAGAAGGAACCUCUUGCUCUCAGAUUUUCGCAAACACAUUUUUUGUUUUCAUCUUUAGCUCCGAUUUGCUUUAGGACUACUUUAGGCCCUCGCCUGAUGUAAACUGGCACCGCUCCGUGAGCCUGCUGACAUUUUUUUUAGUAAAACAAGAGCAAGCACAACAUUGAUUAAUUCACACUGGAAGUCAUCGAGCUCAGUAUAUCUUAAAAAAAAUUCCUUGCUUUCCUGUUUACCGUAGCUGUCUCAGAAUUUUAAUAGUGAUAUUUUCUGAAAGUGAGAGCCCUGAGCUCAUAGCUUGCUUUAUCUUUGGCAGUUGCUCAGCAGUAGCAACUGCCAAAGAUAAAGUGAGGUGCGUCCUCGAGCAAACAGCUCGCACUUGCAACCCAGUAGUGGAAUAGACCUCUCCGAAAAUACAUGGCGCCCUCACGCUUCAAGAAUUGUGACGUUCCGAUAUAUGGCAUGUGGGAUUAUCCAGGAAUCGAAGACAAAAUUGACGUUAGUUAAACAUGUUGUGACUUCAGGAUGCAGAGAUGUCAGAAGGAAAUCGAAACAGGGUAUUUGAAUACCUCUUUUCGUGCUCGUUUUAUUCUUUGUUCAAGCUUCAAGGAUUUACGAAGCACUGGAAUUUGCGUCAGCAUAUGUCGGAACAGCCCCAAAAAUUCCACUUGCUGCGAGGUCUGGAAUUUUCCGGAAAGGUCUAUUGUAAUACAAAUGGUUAACAUAACAGCUGGGAAGCAAAAAUUACAAUGAAACACAAGUCAAAUAAAAACGGAAUACCGUAAUAUCCCAAGAGAUAGUGCACCUAAAACUGAAAGCGAAUCAUAUGAAAAUAAGGAGUGGGCUAACUUUCUGUGUGCAAUCAAGAAAACAUUGAAAAAAAUGCUAGCUUUAGAUUUUGUCACCCGUAAAACUUGUAAUUGCAAGGGGGUGGGCGAUGAACUAAAGACGACUGUCCUUUCCAGUCAGCAAUGUUUGCUUAUCUCCUGCUGUGGCUAAGUAACACCAUUUCUGCUGAGGUCACCAUUGGCCAGGGCCCUGCAAUUACUAGAAGUGGGCUAUCUUUCGGUGUUUUUAAAGAAAUAGCAAAUCGUGGUCAAAAAUAUGGGUAAGUUACCUUUCGUGGUUGGGGCAUCGCUUGAGGAUUUCACGGUAGUAUAAUCUUUCUGAAUACGUUACAAGAGCAGAGCUACGUUUUGAGGGGAAAUGAGUCGGCGACUUCAAAUCAUUAUGGCACAUGUCAUUUCUAGCGCUCGUGACACGGGAAUUCGGGGCUCGCAGUCAAUUACCUGCGAACCAAAUCCCAGCGAGUCGCGGGCUGCAUUCGUCGCAUGUUUGAGAUCCCUGGUAUAGCUCAUCAUGAUUUACUCAUUAUCUUGAAGACGGACAUGCAAAUUUUUUUUUUGAGCAAUGCUAAGGCUAUUUUUGUUUCUCCUUCUGUUUGUCAAUGGGAAAGGGAAAGAACCCUUUGUACAAACGUUGGGCUGACAGGAUAAUUUGUUAAUUAUCCUAUCAGCCCAAAGUUUCUACAAAAGGCACGAAAGAAAAAUUUUGGAGGGCUCACUGAAAAGCUUUUGGGUAUUUUUUCGGUGGCUAACCAGUCACCUAUAGCUGAGUCUGGAGAUUUGUGUUUGUCCUUUGUCCCCUUUGUUACUCUUCUCCAGGGAUUAUUAUUACCAUUCAGUUACUUGCUUGUAGCAAUAGGAUGAGGGAGCAUUCACUCAUUUUUUAUACUAUAGGGUGACUUUCAAAAGAACAGUAAUAAAAGUGGGUACAGUCAUUAACAGAAAUUGUUUUAGUAAUGUCUGUUGCAUUUUUGCUGACUUUUCUUUAUAUAUUUCUCAAAAUACUGUUUUUGAAGAACAAUGCCUGCAUGGUAGUAUUAGUUUUAGGGAAAAUUAUGCUGCUGCCUUCCUAAGAAGACUGGUUCAUUCAGGUUAUAUCUUACGUCCUCUGCACUUUUUUUCAGUGUUUGCAAUGUGUAGGUAUCCAUAAAUCUAGUUAAUGAACAAGUACCUGUAAAAUGUGACUAGGUAUUUAUUUGGUAUACAUGAAUUGUAACUAUACUCCGAGUCCGUGUCACUAGUUGCGUGCAGUACAGGCGAAGGCAACGCCAGGUGAGGCGAGAAGGGGCAAGCACUCAAAAGGCAAAAGAGGAGAGAAACCUCUCCUCUCUAACGUUCCUAGUGUUUUCCCCAUCUCCCCUCGCCCUCCAUUGCCCUCCUCUCCCGUCCCGCCUUUCUAGAGCUCGCCCUUCCUCUCUUCGCCGGGCGUUGCCUUUGCCUGCGUAGCACGCAACUAGUGACACGGAGUAUAGGUAUUUAUUUAGUAUACAUGGAACUGUACUUUUGUUUGAGCUGUUAUCGUAUGAGCCUUGUGCGUUUUUAUCAACUGUUUGCAAAAGAGUUUAGCAGGAUACGAAAUAAAUUUAUUUAUCCUUAGCGUUAGUGUUUGUCAGGUUAUUUUUGUUAUACCAGAUUUGUUGGCCGCCCACACACACCGCAUAUGUUUUUCGUUCCGUCAUGUGUUUUGGGGCGCUGUUGGCUGCUUUGUAAUAAAAGAACAACUUCAUUGCUCUA